CGAAGAGGCAAGCAAUAUGAACGCGUUCAAGAAAGUGUUACAGUUGAACCCCCUAAGAUGUUUCUCUCAGUACAGCAAAGCACCUGCUGGGACAAAUUUUGUCUCAGCUAAUGAAGCAUUAAAGCGCACCUUAAAUUCUGGUAACACAGUGUUUAUACAAGGUGCAGCAGCUACACCGGUUCCUCUGGUUAAAGCAAUGACAGCUGUGGCCAAGGAAGCCCGUCUGAAGGACAUCAAAGUGUGUCACAUUCACACAGAAGGACCUGCACCCUACUCACACAAAGACUAUGAAGGAAUAUUCCGUACCUACUCAUUCUUCAUAGGAGCCAAUGUUCGCAAGGGUAUAGCCGAGGGACAUGCUGAUUCUGUGCCCAUAUUUCUGUCACAGAUACCUUCAUUGUUCCACAAAAAGAUAUUUCAACCAUCCAUAUCACUUAUUCAGGUAUCAGCUCCUGAUCGUCAUGGCUUCUGCAGUCUCGGGACAAGUGUGGACUGUGUCCCUGCAGCCCUCAUGCACAGCAAAACUAUUAUAGCUCAAGUGAAUGAGAAAAUGCCAAGAACCUUCGGUGAUACUGUAAUUCAUCAGUCACAAAUUGAUUAUGCUGUUGAAUUGGACUGUCCUAUUGUACAGCAUGAGAGGAAGGCACCAAGUGAAGCAGAAAAAGAAAUUGGAAAAUUAAUAGCAGAAAACCUUGUGGAAGAUGGAGCAACUCUGCAGAUGGGCAUUGGCAGCAUACCAGACGCUGUCCUGUCAGCAUUAAAGGGUCAUAAACAUCUGGGGAUCCACUCUGAAAUGUUCAGUGAUGGAGUCGUCGAUUUAGUGAAAUGUGGCGCAAUAACAAACAGCGAGAAAUCAAUGCACAAGGGAAAGAUAAUUGGAUCUUUUCUCAUGGGAUCUCAAAAGCUGUAUGACUUUGUUCAUGACAAUCCUUCCAUAGAAAUGCUUGCAGUGGACCACGUGAAUGAUACAGAUAUCAUUUCAAAGCAAACAAAAAUGACUGCUAUUAACUCUUGCAUAAGUGUGGACCUCUCUGGACAAGUAAAUGCUGACUCUAUUGGAACACGGAUGUACUCAGGUUUUGGAGGUCAACUUGACUUCAUUUAUGGUGCUGCUAUUGCAGCUGAUAAAAAAGGGAAACCCAUAAUCGCGUUAGAGUCAACGACUAAGACUGGUGAGAGUAAAAUUGUUCCCUACCUCAAAGAAGGUGCUGGAGUGGUUACCACCAGAGGUCAUGUCCGCUAUGUUGUCACAGAACAUGGAAUUGCUGACUUGUUUGGAAAAUCAUUACAGCAGAGAUCAUAUGCUCUGAUUAAUAUUGCGCAUCCCAAACACCGAGAAGCUCUCACAAAAGCAGCAUUCGAACGUUUUAAGGUUAUGCCAUCACCAUGAAUGUAAAAAACUGUCAUGAUAUGCUUAUUGUCCUUACUACUCAAACACUAAAAGUGUAACUUUACUCCUUUACAAUGUUAUUAAAACCAUAAAACGUCAUUAUUUGCUUAGUUAUGGAGCUAAACCCUUCUUGAGAAGCCAAACCUGCAGCUACUUAAGAAUUGCCCAGCAGUUUAUGGAACCCGAAGGUUCAUU